AGUUGGCCCUUCAGGGGUAUUCCCUCUUCUCUUCUUCUGAACACACAAAUGUGUAAAGAAUUUCAAAACUUGCUUUCCUUUCUCCACUUUUGCUUCUGAAAUCAUCAUAUCUUUUCUCUCCAAUUCCAUACUCUCUCUGUACUCUCUCUCUCUCUCUCUCUCUCUCUCUCUUUCCCUCCCUCUCUCUCUCUCUCACACACACACAAUUUAGCAUUGGAGCUGGUUCAUGGAUAUUGAUCUUUUGUGGGCUAUUGGGGGGUGGUUUCUAUUUUUUGAUUGCAUGGCAACAAUUACAACAACUACUAGAACCUCGCCAAUCCCGAAGACCCGCAACAUCAUUGCCGUCCUCGCGCUCCUCCUCUUUGUGUUCCUUGUUUCGACCCGACACGUAGAUCAACACCCUGCGGUCCUGCUAAUGGCCUCAUCCUCGGUGUCCAUCACCUCCCGAAGGCUCCUCUCUGAAAACUCCGUGAAUUUCCACCCAAAACCGUCAACGGCCAACAAACGUCACCGUUCUUCUUCAUCGACUCCCAGGAGAGAGUUUGAAGCCGGCGCUCACGAGGUUCCAAGUGGGCCAAACCCUAUAUCGAAUCGGUGAAUAAACAGGAGGCAGGCACCUUAAUUAGUUGGGGUUACGUAAUUAUAAACGACUUGAAGGGAUGAAGAAGAGGAAGAGCUAGAGAGGCAUUUGCUAGUGGGGGUAAUUUCAUCGACAUACUUUGUUACUUGUCAUCCUAUGAGAGAGGGUUUGUUUGAUUACAGUCCAUAUAUAUAUAUAUAUAUAUAUAUGUAUGUAUGUUUAUCAUGGUUAUAUAUUGCUCUCUCCUUAUUUCUUUUCUUUGCUCUUCCUAUAUGUUUUUGUAUAGCAAAAAUAUACUCUUUAUUCCUCUAUAAAUUUGUAUGUCUCAUGCCAUUAUAAUC